AUGUGGCGGCCCUGUUGGCAGUCACGAUGCCUUCUAUCGUCUCAUUUGGCAAGCGCUUUUGGAUUCAUUCAACUCAUCGUCGCCCGUCUGGUUCUCGGUCUUGGUUGUGGAGGUUUGGUCGCUACUGUGCCCAUUUGGCAGUCCGAAAUAUCAUCGCCUCAAAAGCGAGGAGCACAUGUGUCGACGACCGGUCUAUUUGCCGGCAUGGGUACAUCGCUUAGUCUCUUUCUCGAUCUUGGCAUGUCUUUUGCUCCUGGAAGUGUGGGAUGGCGCUUUCCCUUCGCUUUUCAGGUCCUGUUUUCUAUCGCUAUAAUCGCAGCCAUCUCGUUCAUGCCGGAGUCGCCUCGAUGGCUGAUACAACAGAAUCAUGUUGUCGAAGCCCGCGAUAUCCUUUCAGCCCUGGAAGAUGUCAAGCCCGACGACCCUAUGAUAGACGCUGAAGUUGAGGCUAUACAGUUAUCACUCAAGCUCUCUGGUGAAGGAUCUCUUUGUCAAAUCUUCCAAAUGGGACCCCAGAGAGUUUUUCAUCGAGCGAUGCUUGCCGCAGCUGUGAUGUUGUUCUUGCAACUAACUGGUAUCAAUGUCAUUACGUUUUUCACCAACACCAUAUUUGAACAAUACCUUGGGCUAGACUCCCUGACCUGCAGGAUUCUAGCAGCCUCUUAUCAACUUGUUAGUAUAAUUGGAGGUACGGUAUGCAUAUUCACCGUAGAAGCCUUCGGUCGGCGGGGCUUGCUGCUGGCCGGUGCCGCAGGUAAUGCCAUCUGCUUGGCUCUUGUAGCUGGACUGGGUUCCCAGCCGACAAACAAGAUCGCGAUGCAUGUCGCGGUUGUAUUCAUCUUUUUGUACCAUUUUACUUUUAUCAUCGGUUUUGGAGGAGUCUCUUUCCUCUAUGUCGGCGAGAUCGCGCCCUUGAAGAUGCGUGCCACUAUCAACGGUAUCAGCGUCGGCACUUUCUGGGCCUUGAAUGUCGCGAUUGCUGAAAUCACACCAAUUGCCUUCAAUGCAAUUGCAUGGCGAUUUUUCAUCGUCUUUGCCGGGUUGAAUGCCGUCAUGGUGCUACUUGUGUAUUUCUUGAUACCCGAGACCGCUGGUCGCAGUCUGGAAGAGGUGGAUCAGAUUUUUGUCUCCUCUGCUAGCAUUUGGGACUCAGUUUGGGUAGCUAAGCGCCUACCACGCUCAGUCGACAAUCUGCAGAGGACAUCGCAGUACCACCCAAAGGUUUCGCCAUAA